AUGCGAGUCUCCGAGGAGGGUCCUGAGGUGGCGGUUAAGGAGAUAAACCUCACACAACCCGAUAUUGAUCCACAUCGCAUCCUCAAUGAGAGUAUUUUUGGGGCCAAAGUGGGUGACUGUCCGUAUGCCCUAAAGUCAUAUGGUUGUCUCCUGCAUAACGGAACUGUACGACUCCUUAUGGAAAUUAUGGACAGUACUGUGGACGUCCUUACUCAUGAGGCAAGAAAUGGUCUCUUGCGGAAUGUUGAAACAUGCGAUUUUCUUCCCGCCUUCGUACAGACAAACGUAUUGGGAGAAAUCGUUCCGGAACAGUUCAUCGCCUACAUCAUAAAGUGUAUCGUCACCGGGCUAGAAUUCCUGAAUCGGGAGUGCAAUAUUCACCAUCGGGAUGUGAAGCCUUCGAACAUGCUGGUGGACCGCAGCGGGCAAGUAAAAUUCGGACGUAUACUUGUCCCGGAAGUGUCUCGAGGCUCGUACUUGAGCGAUAUCAGGAAAGGUGGAAUUCAACAGUGCCUUAAAAGCCUGCACUUUGCUCCUUUCGAUGACGACGAAAGUGUCGUCGACGUCUCUGAACCAGAACUUCAGGGGAGACGAGCUGAAGACCAACAGCUCGAGCCUCUGCAAAAAAGUUUCGGCAAAAAGGCCAGACAGAGGCGAGCCAGUUGGUGUCCCCUUCUUUUGUUCAUAAACUUGGCCAUGGAACGUGAACGGAGUUUUUGGACACAGUUCCAGGAGCUCGACGAUGUCCACUCACUUGAUUUUUUGAUUUGCGAUUUCGGCAUGUCUAAGGAAAUGAUUGAUAUGAAGACCAGUACUAACGUGGGGACCUUCCUCUACCAGGCGCCCGAACGCCUCAACAUUUCAUCCCCCAAUCGUCAAGGCUUCCGUAUCCAAUCUGAUGUCUGGUCUCUCGGUUUGAGCGUCUACAGGAUUGCCACCAAUGAACACCCCUACCCUCAGCUCGUGGAUAAUCUUGAGUAUAUGACCAAAGUGCUGCAGAGUGAUAUCCCAACCCUGCCCGAAGGCGAUGAGGAGCCCGAAGCGGCUGCAAGCUAUUCCAACGUUAUACGCGAUUUCCUGGCCUUGUGUUUGGUAAAGGAGGAGAGUCAGCGCCCCGAUUUUGUCACCCUCCUUCAAUCUGCCUUUCUGGCACCUGUGGAUCUGGCCAGUGUAAAGCCCGAUUUCGCGGCCUUUGUGACUAGGAUCCUCGCACCAGGAAACCGGGGCUGGUGA